AUGUCUGGCGAAGAACCUGAGAGAUUUGAUUUCGUUUUGCCACCUGGCAUGUCGUUCCCAAGAAUCCCGGGACUUCCAACAUUCGAGGAAAUGCUCACCAUGACUCCAUUGCCAGGAAAAGAGGAAGAUAUGAAGAUGGCUAUUGAAACUAUCUCAAGCAUUUGCCGCGAAGACUUCUCAAAGCCGAUCAUUACGAACAAUGUCUGUGGUCAUAAGGCUCCCGGAGUUGAAAUGAAGGAGGGUUAUUGUUUGGACUGCUAUGAUUCCCAACACAUCGGGUAUUUGAUGGAAUUUUUGAGCUUGUCUAGGAGAGUUGGUAUUGAUAGAGCUAUGGAACUCAUGCCGGCACCACCACCACCAGGAGUUCCAAUGGCUGCAGCUUCUGCAGCUACUUCUGGAGAACCUUCUGGAGCCUCCACGUCGUCCACUAAAGCUUCAUCGUCUGAAUCUGCUGGUUCAUCGUCCAAGGAAGAUGAUACCAAGACUGAAGAAGUCAAGGAAGCUGAUUCGACUGAUGAUGACAAGAAGGAAUCUGUGGAGUCAGAGAAAUCCACCAAGAAGAACUAA